AUGGAGUCGGAAUCGAAAGAUGCAAUAAAAGGUGGUGGUUCAUUUUUUGAAAAAGUCAUUGCUUUAAUUCAACGUCUUCUGUAUGAUAUCUGGUCAAGUCCCGUAAAUCUGUUACUUUCUAUUUUGAUAAUAUGUUUACUUGUUAAAUUAUUUUUAUUAAAACGUAACUCAUUAAAAAAUGCUAGUCGUAAUCAAGCACAAGUACCAUUACCAAAGAUGCCUAAAUGUGACUUAACAGUAUCAGAAUUACGUGGUUAUAAUGGUAUUGAAUCAAAUGGAAGAAUCCUUACAGCUGUUUAUGGAGAUAUUUUUGAUGUUAGCCGACGCAGUGAUCUAUAUGGAAUAGGAGGAUCAUAUUCAUUAUUUGCUGGACGUGAUGCUACACGAGCUUUAUCAAAAAUGCAAUUGGACCCAUCAUUAUUUUCUAAUGAAUAUGACGAACUUACUGAUAUAACUGAUAAGGAACGAGCUACUGCUAGAAGUUGGCAUGAAGAUUUUCGAGAAAAAUAUGAUAUUAUUGGACAUCUUCUAAGACCGGGUGAAAAACCAUCUGUUUAUCUACCUGAAGAUACAACUAUUGAUGGUGGUUAUAAUUUGAACGACAAGAAACGAGAAUAA